ACUGUAUCUUACUGAUGCAAAUUUUAAUAAAGGUUAUUUAAAAUUUUAAAAAUUAUUAUCGUCCCUUAAAGCAAGUCUCCCGCUUUAUUUUCUUAUAAUUUGAUGCGAAUAGUGUCUAAAAUUAUCCACACUCCUUUUCCAUCAUACCCAAAAUAAAGGUCACUUGUUCAGCUCGCUGUCUCUCUCUCUCUCUAUCUUCUUGGAUUCCCCACAUUCACACCCGCUGACACGUCCCAGUGCGUGUCUGUGUGUGUGUCUGUGUUUUUACUCCUUCGCGUGGUUCAGUUUCCUUUCAGUCCCCUCAAUUCAAUGGCGUCUGAUAGCAACAGCAAUAACGCCACCACCCACCACAAACCCAUGUCAUCAAGAAGCCACCAGCAACAACUGGUGUCCACUAUGAUCAAGCAGGGCUUCAUCUCCGAUCCCUUUCUCUCUCCCUCCCGCCUUAGCACUCUCUCUCCUCCCCCGACCUACCGGGCCCUCGCCACCCCACACCACCAGAGCCCUACCCUCUUCGAGGUCAUGUCGGUCGAGCAGGCCCGCGAGCCCAAGCCCGCGCUCGAGGCCCGCAAGAAGCUCCAAGAGAGGGUUUCCGCCGCCCUUUCCCAGGCCCCCUUCAAGAUUUGCGACCAAUGGGGGGCGGGUGACGUCAGGCUCACGGUGGCCGGCCGGGCUGAGGCCGGGGAGGUCGACGCCGCGGCCUUCCGGGUCACCGUGGAUGUGCACCGGCGGGUCUUGGCCGCCAAAAGCCGGUUCUUCGCCGAUAAACUGCGGCGGAGCGGGACCCACUCGGUCGAGAUUCUUGAGUGCGAUGACGUGGCUGUCUAUGUGGAAGCUGUCGUGCUCAUGUACUCUGCGGAAUUGAAGAGCAAGCUCCUCGGCAUGGAUGUUUCCAAGAUCUUGGCCCUUUUGAAGAUAUGUUCGGCAAUUAUGUUUGAAGAUGGGAUCAGGGCAUGCUUGGAGUAUCUGGAAGCAGUGCCAUGGUCUGAGGGAGAAGAGGAGAGUGUUGUUUCACAUCUAAAUCAGCUCCAGAUUGAUUGUUCAAGAGCAGAUACUGUGCUACGGAGAGUGAUAGCCGACCCUUCAACAUCUUCAAGGGCCGAGAAUGUCUUCUUGAAAUUGUCAUUGGGUGUUUUGCAGGCUAAAGAUGAUAAAGCCCGUAGAGAAAUGAAAGGGUUAAUAUCUCGACUGCUAAAGGAAGAUGAUAAUGGCAAUGGCCUCCAUGAUGCCCUUGAUAUCUCAAGAGAUAUAUUAUAUCAGCUUUGUCACAGAUGCCUAGGUUCUCUCGUUCUGUGCUUAUCCGGAACCACUUGCUUGGACGAAAGCAGGCAAGACCGAGGAGCUAUAAUGGCUGAGAUUUCCCGAGAAGCUGACAAUAUGCAGUGGAUUCUUGGCAUCCUUAUAGACAGAAAAGUGGGGGACGAGUUUGUGGACUUAUGGGCUGACCAGAAGGAGCUAGCAGUUCUUCACUCGAAGAUACCUACCAUGUAUCGCCACGAGAUAAGCAAAAUCACUGCCCAACUGUGCAUUUCUAUCGGGAAAGGGCAAAUUCUAGUGCCUAAGGAGACUAGGUUUGCCUUGCUGUCGACUUGGUUGGAAGCUCUUUACGAUGAUUUUGGAUGGAUGAGAAUGGGGGGGAAAUCUAUUGAUAGGAAAUUGAUUGAGGAAGGGCUUAGUCAAACAAUUUUAACGCUACCACUGCCUCAACAACAAUCGGUUUUGCUUAAAUGGUUUGAUAGAUUUCUUAACAAGGGCGAUGAUUGUCCCAAUAUUCAGAGAGCGUUUGAAAUCUGGUGGAGAAGGGCUUUUGUGAAACAAUAUGCAAUUGAGUCACAAUUGCAGCUAGCUGUCUGUGAUAUUCCAGACUGAUGGGUACGUUUGCUUGAAUUACAUGUCACAUGCUUCAAGUUACUGGUGUAAAUAAAAAUCCGUUCCAUCUCAUAUCCAAUCUGUUUAUAUCUUGUUCUUCUACAUUUCUGAUAAGAAUGAUAUCAUAUUCUAGAUCAAUGAAACAGGAGUUAUUCUUUCUUUAUUGUGAAUAUAUUGAUCUAUAGCAGCUGUUUUUGCUGAAGUUGUGUUUUUCUGGGUGGCAUUUUUGCCUUUUUGAAAAUCUUGCCAUAUAAUUGGUUUUAGCCUCUGUGAAGUUGAAAGUGCUACUUUAUGCAAAUAGUUCUAAAUAAGCGAUAUACACGUACAAACAUAUUCAAUUUCAAUGUGGAAUUCAUCAGAGUAUUAGGUCAUGGUUCAUUCUUAUCUAUUUGCUACUACAGUUUCACCUCUCAUCUCUUAAAUGCCUCAUUUCCGUCCACGUCUCUGUAACUCGUUUUCUGUAGUUUCUAAUCACACAAUACCAUUAUCAAUUUCAUAUUAUGAAGAAAUUAGUCUUUGGUAACAUGUUAAGAAGACCCUGGUAAACUAACCCCUUCUGUCAAACAAGGCUCUUCCGACUGUGGAAAUUCUGUCAACAGGGUUUGUUGAUCUUGUAGGAAUUGAGUAAUUUUCUUGAACGUACAAGUAUUUCGUGAUAACCUGAUUUGCUGUCCGCUCGUUUUCUACCUGUAUAAGCAAACUACUUGUUAUGGUUGUCCAUUUAUUCAGCUCUAAACUUCUCAUCAACCCGUCGUCUGUCAUGCCACAUUUUUAGGCCAACAGCAUGAAGAUUGGUUUAGCUUUUAUUCAUUAGUAUUCGGUGAUUGGUCACUGAGUGAUGUACUGAUGUUUUAUGCUAUAUCUCAUAUGUUACUGUAUGAAUAGAAAAUUGAGGAAUUAACUGAUAGGUAGCUAUGCAUAGAUAGAGAAAAAUGUAGCCCUUCUUCUCGAUGCAGUGGAUAUAUGGAGAAUCCAAGUGGCUUCUCACAUCUUUCUACCUAGUUUUGGGCUUACAAAGAGGCACAAGGCCAAGUAAAAAAUAAGAAAAUAAAACAAGGGGCAGGAUUACAGUGACAGUAAAUAACCCCUCAGAAAGAGGAGUGACUGUUUUUUUUUUUUUUUUGGUGCUGUAAAAAGUGAGUAGUAGAAUACGAAUAGGCCUCACUUCUGAGUGGCUAAGAAGUCUUGUGACUGUUUCUCGUACUUGAAAUUAGCCUUCUUGGAGUCAUCUGCAGACCAAAUGAAAAUCCCAUGAAGCUUCCCCUGCUUGCUCAGUGUGCUGCAGGCCUCGAAGAAGCCGUUUUUCGGGGAUAGCCCGCCGCUUCCAUCUGUCCCAAAACUGACCAGAACCUUGCCUCCCUUGUAGUUGGAGCUUUGCUCGUCGAAGUACUUAAGAAACUGAGAAACAGUGGUACCCUUUGGAUAGGCGUAGAACUGGAAAUUCACGUAGUCUAUGAGAUUGCCAUACUUUCUCCACAGAGCUAGAUAGUACGGCUUGACGGACUUAUCUUCAUACGGUGCUAUGGAGGCGAAGGAGAUGAUCUUAUUCUGUUUCAGGUAGAAGAGAAGUUUCCCGAUGCACUCGGCGAAUGUAUCGGUAUCCGAAUCGAAGUGCUCGUAAUCGAUGUCGAUUCCAUCCAAAUUGUAAGUUGUGACUAUAUCAGUUAUGGAGUGGAUGGCAUUUGCAACCCAGCUAUUGACUGAGGUAGGAUGAAAGAAGACUUGUUGUUUACUGUUUGUGGUGUCACCUCCAAGGCUCAUGCCUACUCUGACAUUUGCAUGCUUGGCCUUGAUCGCAGACACCUGAGACGGGCUGAGGUUGGCCGUAUCCCAGUAGACUCGGAAAUCACCGUUGGUGGGAGUCGGGUGGGAUCCGUCCGUGUAGUCGAUGGCGAAAGAGAGGAGGAAGUGGAAGUCAACGGCGGGGCUGAUCGGGACAUCCGUGAAUGUCACAUUGUUGCCCUCGGCUCCGAUGUAUUCUCGAAAGAGUUUCUCCGGCGGUGCUGCUCCGACGGUGGGGAGAUUGCAGAGGAGAAAGUGGAGAGGAGGAAGAAGAAGAAGAAAGAGAAGAGCUGUGGGUGAAUCCAUGCUGCUACUGCUGCUUUUUGGGGGUGUGUGUGUGUGUGAGGAUAUACAAAAUAAGGGUUUUUGUGGCUGUAUAUAUAUGGAUGUGAAAUAGGAAUGUUGGGGUGAUUGUGAUGAUGCCAUGCCGGAUUGGUUUGGUAUGUUGUGAUCAGCUCUAACAAUGCGUUUGUAUAUUGUGAUGGUUUUGUUUGUUGGGGUGUUGUCCAAAUUCUUACAAAGUUUGGUUUUGGACUGCAAUUGCCGAAUAGAGUUUGUGUUGCAAAUCA